AUGGCAGAAGACAUCAAGGACCCCAGAGUCAACAUCAUUAUUCACAAGGACUUUGAAAAUUACGACGCCGAACUCCUCGACAAGCUCAAGGGCGCGCGCGGGUGCGUGUGGGCGCUAGGCAUAAGCCAAACACAAGUCGGACCCGAGGAAUACGUGAAAAUCACAAAGGACUUUACCCUUGCAGCCGCCAAGGCGUUUGGCACACUGGGCACCGCAGAAGAGCCCUUUCACUUUGUCUUUGUCUCGGGCAACGGCGCCACCACGGAGCCGGGGCGCCUGACGCCCAUCUUCGGACGCGUCAAGGGCCAGACCGAGGUGGCCCUGGCCGAGCUCCGCAAGGCGAACCCGGCCCUGCACGCCCUGUCGACCCGGCCGGCCUUUGUCGACGGCCACGCCCAUACCGCCAUCCACCCUUACCUGCCCACCCGCCCCUUUACGCUGCGCCUGAUUGAUCCCAUCCUCGGCCCGCCGAUCCGCUGGGGUCUCAAGAGCUUCCAUAGCCCCACGGAGCCCCUGGGGCGUGUUCUGACCGAGCUCGCCCUCGGUAAACACCAGAGCCAGUUUGUGCCCGCCAAGGACUUGCAGAUGAUUGACCAAUUUCCCAUUUUGGAGAACAGCGUGCUAAGAAGGCUUGCUGGUAUUUGA